CAGUAUAAGGCAGGAAAAAAGCACUCUGCGGCGCUGUGAAGUAUAAACAGGAAGUAGUUCGUUAGGUGAGAAGCAGAUUUGCUGACCUGCGAGUGAGGAAUCGUCAUGGUUAAAAGCUGCAAAGUGGUUGUUUGUGGCCAAGCUACAGUCGGUAAAACAGCUGUGUUGGAGCAGCUAUUGUAUGCUAAUCAUGUAGCAGGUUCAGAACCCAUGGAGACUUUGGAGGACAUCUACAUUGGCUCAGUAGAAACUGACCGUGGCACACGAGAGCAGGUCCGCUUCUAUGACACUCGAGGACUUCGGGAUGGAAUGGAAUUUCCUCGACAUUACUACUCCUUUGCCGACGGCUUUGUGCUGGUUUACAGCAUCGACAGCAAAGAGUCCUUUAAGCGGAUGGAGGCGCUCAAGAAGGAAAUUGACCGCCACAGAGAUAAGAAGGAGGUCACCAUUAUCGUCCUGGGAAACAAGCUGGACAGACAGAAUGAAAGGAGAGUGGACUCUAACAUGGCUCAGAACUGGGCCAAGACUGAGAAGGUUCGUGUGUGGGAGGUGUCUGUGGUGGACCGGCGUACCCUGAUUGAACCCUUCGUUUACCUGGCCAGUAAAAUGACCCAGCCACAGAGCAAGUCCACUUUCCCCUUGAGCCGAAAUAAGAACAAAGGUGGUGGUUCUUCCGACAGCUGAGUGACCACUUUUGGUAGUUACAGACCAGGAACAGUUGCAGUUUUGGAGAUGCUCCAGGCUCAGUCAGCCAGCAAUUUGACCCUCAACAAAGUCACUCAAAUCUUUGUGUCCCCAUUUCUCUUGCUUCCAAGAUAUCAAUUUCAAGGAUACUUACUGCUUAAUACACCCCCGAGGUGCCAUGGUAACAAGAUAAUCGAUGUUGUUCACUUGACCUGUCAGUGGUCACAACAUUAUGGCUUAUUUGUGUAUUUUUCUUUAGUUUCAGAUGGCUGAAUUUCAUCAAGUUUCAGGCACCCAUGCAUUUUGAUGCCCCUCAAUCUGUGUGAUAAAACAAAAAAUGUUUUCAAAAGUCAUGUGAUUUCUCUUGGUGUACCGCCCUGUGCAUGACAACACAAAUAAUACAUCAAUAAUAAAAUGACUGCAAAAAACUGAUAAUGCAGUUCUUACAGACCACCCAAAACAAAUUAUUUAUUGAUGUUAAGUGCUGACAGUUUGUUUGCUUUAUACUUAUUCAUACACUUUUGCUAUUUUAUCAGCUUAUUUAGCAGAUUCUGAGGCAUUUACAGCUCAGUGGGUAGAGCAGGCUUCUAACUACUGGCCCGUGGGUUUGAUUCCUGGUUGCAAUUGAGUGUCCAUGUCUUUGAGCAAGACUGCGAUUUAACAAAAAACAAUACAAAACAAUUUUUUGUUUCUUUUUACAUGAAUAUUGGAUAAAAAAGAUGGUGAUUCAAAAAUAAAAUACAGUGGCUUGCAAAAGUAUUCAGCCCCUUGGUUUUUCAUGCAUUUUAAUUUGUUUAUGGCAUUUCAAAUACAAAAAGUAAAUCAGGCUUC